CCAGGAAUGGACUAGAGAAAUUUUCGCGUGUGUGGUCCCUUUCCUUAAAAUCCACUACAGCUUUGAUCCAAGGAAUCAACAAGACUAAUAACCUGUAAGAAGUUACCCUUGGUAAAAAGAUUUCUCAAAGUUUCAUUUGUCUCCGUAAAUGAACUGUGAGAAAAACGAAUCUUAAAAGCGUACUUUUUGAGAUUCAUUAGACACCAUCUGAUAUAUUUUUAUUCCUGUUGGUGUUUGAAUGGAAGAAGAAGAUGUCACAGACUCAAGUCCAGUUAAAGAGUAUCCUGAGGGGGGGUGGGGAUGGGUAGUUUGUGCUGCAUCAUUUUUAACAUCAUUCAUUGUGUUUGGUGUGCAUAAUUCGUUUGGCAUCAUCUACUCAACUCUGGUCAAUGAACUUAACCUUGGCAAGGCAGAGUCAGCGUGGGUUGGCUCAGUAGCCGGGAGUCUUAACUUCCUCUGUGGACCAAUUGCUGGUUACUUAUGCAAUCGUUACGGACACCAUGCAAUUACAUUCGCUGGUGCAUUCUUUGCCGUUCUUGGACUUUUGUUAACUUCCUUUGUUAAAGAGACUUCCAAGAUGUACUUGACAUAUGGGUUACUCUGGGGGAUAGGGUCAGGUUUUUUAUUCCUACCCUCACAAGCGGUACUAGGGCAUUACUUUCACCGCCGAUUCAGUGUGGCCUUCAGUAUUGCGUCAUCGGGUUCUGGUGUUGGUGGACUACUUGCUGCUCCAUUUAUCAAUUAUUUGUUGUCAACUACUGGCUGGGAAAACUCAAUCAGGAUUCUGGCUUCUUGUGUUGCUAUUCUUUUUCUGUGUGGGUUUAUUUUUCAACCAAGGAAAACACCACAAGAACAAAGAGACAGAGAUUGCGGAGAAGAAGCAGACAAAACUAGUAUAUGCUCAUCAAAACUGUGGCGUUGUAAGCCAUAUUUAGUGUUUAUGUUUGCUAUGGCAUUGUUUCAAUUCUGCUAUACUGUGCCUUAUAUACAUUUAUUUGAGUUUUCCAAGCAAGUUGGAGUUCCACCUGGAAAAGGUUCAUGGCUUCUAGGGAUUUUGUCCAUCUCAACAACCAUUAGCAAAGUUAUCUUUGGUCAAAUUUCUCAACUAAAAUGGGUUAGGUCUUCUAGGAUUCAUCUACUACAACUUAGUAUCUUUGCCAUGGGUCUUGCUACUGUCUUAUGCCCUAUGGCUACAGAUUAUAAUGGGGUGUUAUCUUACGUGCUGGUUUACGGUACCUUUGAUGGGUGUUUUGUCGGUCAGACUUGUGUUAUUGUAUCUGAUAUUGUUGGUCAUUCAAACUUAACACAAGGGAUAGGCAUGUUAUAUGGUGUGAUAGCAAUACCUUUAAGUUUUGGACCACCAAUCGCUGGUUGGUUGUACAAGGCGUUUGGUGUGUAUGACUUUGCCUUCUACGUUGCUGGAGGGAUUGCAAUACUUACAUCUCUAAUACUGUUCAUAGUACCUUGUAUUCAAAAGAAGCAAAAAGCCUCAGAAUGUCAAUCAAACAGACUUAUACGUGAACAAGUGCAGGAAAGCGUCACACAAGAUGUUGUCACGCAACAGUUGCCACAAAACAUUCUCACUUUUGAACGAAGUGAAUCAGUUUAUUCAAGAAAACUUAAAAGUGGAGCAAUAAGAACUACCUACAUGGUCCCAGCUGGAGCAAAGGAAAUUUCAUAUGAUGAAUUUCAAGCAGUUAGAGAGACAAUUGUAUGACAAAACUACUGUACGUUUAUAUUAAUGUUGAAUUUUUUUAUAGCCUGUGUACAUCCGUUUCUCACCCCUCCAAAAAAAUCAGGGGCUAUUUUUUUAAAUAUUUAUGAUAUUUUUAAAUGCAUAAGAGAUCGAACCUCAGAUUUUAGGAAUUUUGUUAAGUUGAAAUUUUUAACAUUUUAAUUAAAUUGUUUGCAGAAUUCGAUAUUUAAUAUUUUAAGGAAAAUAAAUAAAUGACAGUUUA